AUUGGUUUUAUUAUACGUUGUCCGGCUGUACCACACAAAACUUUAAAUAUAAAAUGUGAAAUAUGGAUCGAAAGUUCCAUACUAUAAAUGAGAGAGGUUUGGUCUGCAACUAGAGUAAAUGAUAAAAAAUGGUGUUCUAUUUCAAAAGUAAUAUUGUGUCACCCCCAGCUUUAAUCUACAUGGGAAAGGAUAAGCAUGAAAAUGAAGAACUUAUACGUUGGGGAUGGCCAGAAGAUGUUUGGUUUCAUGUUCACAACUAUUCUUCUGCUCAUGUUUACUUAAGACUCCAAGAGGGUCAAACUAUAGAUGAUAUUCCACAAUCUGUUCUCAACGACGCUGCUCAAUUGGUAAAAUAUAACAGCAUUCAAGGAAACAAGAUAAAUAAUAUAGACGUCGUUUAUACAUUAUGGUCAAAUCUCAAGAAAACAGCUGAUAUGGAAGUUGGCCAAAUAGGAUUUUAUUGCGAAAAGAGUGUUAAAAAAAUCCGUGUUGAAAAAAGAGUGAAUGAAAUUGUAAACCGACUGAAUAAAACGAAAACUGAAGACCAUCCAGAUUUGCGUCGUCAAAGAGAAGAAAGGGACUCCGAAGAGAGAAGGGAGAAGAAACAUAUUUUAAAAGCUCAGCGGGAAAGGGAGGAAGAAGAAAUAAUGCGCCAAAAACAGGAAGCAGAACAACGUAGUUAUGAUAAAUUGUUUAAACCUGAAUGUAUGUCUAGUAAUUAUGAUGAUGGAAAUGACUCUGAUGAUUUUAUGUAACAAUAAAGUAGUAAGCCAGAUAAUAAGAAUGUAUUUCAAUCCAACCAUUACCAAAUAAUACACUAAGUGUAUAUUUAAUAACUUU